AUGUUUAAGUGUUUUCCAAUUCCAUUUUGUAAUAGAAAUGUCGAACAAAUCGAUAAACGUCAUUGCAAUUUAACAACAGUACCUGAUGAUAUUCUACGUUAUACACGUACAUUAGAAGAUUUAUUACUUGAUGCCAAUCAACUUCAAGAUUUGCCUAAGGGGGUUUAUCGUCUGACACAAUUGCGCCGUUUAACAUUUAGCGAUAAUGAAAUACAAUAUAUAUCGCCUGAAAUUGGACAAUUAGUUAAUUUAGAAGAACUUGAUUGUUCAAGAAAUGAUGUUGCAGAAAUUCCCGAUAAUAUUCGACAUUGCCGAUCAUUACAAAGACUUGAUGCAAGUGGAAAUCCAUUAGCAAAUAAUCUUCCACCUGGUAUAAUUCACCUUCGUCAAUUAAGUCAGUUAACAUUAAAUGAUGUAUCACUUGCUGAACUACCAAGAGAAAUCGGCAGUCUUUGCAAUUUACGUGUACUUGAAGUUCGAGAAAAUUUGCUCAAAAUUCUACCUGAUUCACUUGUACAAUUAACAAAACUUGAAUCUCUUGAUUUGGGUUCAAAUGUUAUUGAACAACUUCCAAAUCAUAUGAAUAAUUUACAAUCAUUAAAAGAAUUAUGGUUAGAUUCAAAUGAAAUACUUGAAUUACCAUAUGAAAUUGGACAAUUAAAACGUUUACAAUGUUUAGAUGUCUCAGAAAAUAAAUUAAUUUAUUUACCGAAUGAAAUUGGAGAUUUAGAAUCUUUAACAAAUUUUGAAUUAUCAUCAAAUCAAAUUGAACAAUUACCAUCAACAAUUGGUAGACUUAAUCAACGUUUAUUAAUAUUAAAAAUCAAUUCGAACAGUUUAACAAAAUUAUGUGAUGAAAUUGGAUAUUGUCUAGCAUUAACGGAAUUAAUUUUAACUGAAAAUGCUCUCUCAGAAUUACCCGUAACAAUUGGAAAUUUAAAAAAUUUAUCAAAUUUAAAUAUUGAUCGAAAUCAAUUGACACAUUUACCUACUGAAAUUUCUGGAUGUGAAUCAUUAGGUAUGCUUAGUUUACGUGAUAAUCGUUUAACACAUAUACCAUCAGAAUUAUCGAAUUUAAAACAUUUACAUGUACUUGAUUUAUCUGGAAAUCGUUUAUUAAAUUUACCAUGUACAUUACUUGAAUGUGAUUUAAAGGCAAUAUGGUUAGCAGAAAAUCAAGCACAACCAAUGUUAAAAUUUGCUACAGAUAUUGAUCCAACAACUGGAGAAAAAAUACUUACAUGUUAUUUACUUCCACAACAACAAUAUACAACAUCAUCUAUGGAAAAUCUUCUUAAUGCAUCAAAAUCACAGAAUAUAAAUAAUGAAUUACCAAAUAAUCAAUCAGAACAAGAUGAAAUUAAUAAUCAUUCACCAAUUGAUGAUCGACAUGAACGUACUGGUUCCGUUAAAUUUGCUGAUCAAUCCGAUGAAGGAAAAGAAAGUUCAUUACAACGACAUAAUACUCCACAUCCAAAAGAUUUACGAACAUGGAGAAAUAAAGUUGCAAAGAAAUUUCAUGUUACCGAUGGAAAUUUACUUCAUCAUGAUCAUCGUCAUCCAUUUCAACCAAAUGCUCAUCCGCAAGAACAACAAAGAAAUUCUAUUCAACAUUCAACAUCAUCCGGACAAUCAACAUCAUCAGCAAAUCAACCAAAUAAAACUGUUCCAGAUUCAAUCACUUUUGCAAAAGAAUCAUUUGAAUAUAUUCCACCUGAGAUAUCAGAUGAUCGUCAACAUUCAGAUGAUGAAGAUGAAGAUACCGGUGAACAAGCGCAUUAUAUUGAAAAACAUGUCGAAUUUACAGAUGACUUUAAUGAUAAUGACGAAGAAAAUGCAAAAGAUCAUGAAUAUCAACAAAAACUUCAUCGACGUGAUACACCACAUCACUUAAAAAAUAAACGAAUUCUCAGUAAAAACACAGAUCCAACUACAUUUGAUCAUAUCAUAUCACAUAGUUCAACAAAAUCAUCGUUAACAAGUCCAGGAAAAGAAACUCGAUCAUCAUCUAUACCAACCAAUGGUCGACACAUGACAAUUCAUCAAGAACAACUAACAAUUUUUAUUCAUCGUUCAUCAAAUACUGGUCUUGGUAUUAGUAUUGCUGGUGGAAUUGGUUCUACACCUUAUAAAGAUAAUGAUUAUGGUAUAUUUUUAACAAAAAUCAAUGAAGAAGGUCCUGCUGGUCAAGCCGGUUUACUUGUUGGUGAUAAACUUUUAUCGGUUAAUGGAAUCUCAUUAAUAAAUUGUGAACAUAGUGAAGCUGUAUCUGCUUUAAAAAAAGCCGGUGAUAAUAUUGAAAUGAUUAUAAUGCGUGAAAUUUUACAAUCAUCUGAUGAUCAUAAUGAAAAUCAUUCAAUAAAAGAAGGUGAAAAAUUUUCAACAACAAUUCAACGUGAGGAUAAACAAGGUGGACAUUUUGGUUUUUCUAUUGCUGGUGGUAAUCAAACAUCCAUGACAACAAAUUCGACAACAUUAAUAAACGGAUGUGAAAAUUUAUAUAUAUCAAAAAUUCAUAAACGUGAUACAAAUUCAUCGUUAUCUGUUGGUGAUCGUCUUUUAUCUAUUAAUGGUUAUGAUACAGGAAAUAUUACUCAUGAUCAAGCAAUUGAUAUUAUAAAUAAUGGUGGAAAUAAUGUUGAAUUAGUAUGUUAUCGAGAAAAAUUUACGAAUGGAAAUUCAAAUGCAAUAUCAUCAUCAACAAAUAUUGACAAUACAGUUGAAGAAGCACGCGUUGCGAAAGGCCAUGGUCCAAUGGGCUUAAGUAUUGUCGGUGGUACUGAUCAAGCAUGUCCACCAUUUGGAGUAGAACAACGUGGUGUAUUUGUUUCUAAAAUUCUUCCGAAUGGUUCAGCGUCUCGAACAAAUCUUCGUAUUGGUGAUCGAAUAUUAAAAGUAAAUAAUCGUGAUGUAUCUCAAGCAACACAUUUAGAAGCUGUUGAAGCUCUUCUACAACCAACUAGUGAAGUUGUUUUACUUGUACAUCAUGAUCCACAACCGGCAGGAUUAAAAGAAAUAACAUUAACUAGACAUACAGGUGAACCACUUGGUAUACGGAUAAAUGGAGGUGUCGAUGGUAAACGUGUUAAUCCAGAUGAUCCAGAAGAUGAUGGAAUAUUUGUUACUGAAGUAAAAGACGGUAGUCCAGCUUCUGGUAUUCUUAGUGUUGGCACUCGUAUUCUUGAGGCAGUCAAUAAUAGAUAUCAUAAACAAUGGUGUUGUAUAUCCCAAAAUUCUUUUUCAACAAAUAGUCAUACAUCAUCAUCAUUAUCAACACCAAUUGAUGAAACAAUAGGAAAUUGUUAUGAAACAAAUCUUGAUGAUAUUAUUCAUUUCAAAGGAAAAUUAUCAUUAAAAAAAAUAAAACAUUUACAAUCAAGUGGACAUAUAAGAAAAAAGAAAUCGAGUCGAAAACGAACAAAACCAUGUUGUUCAUCGACAUUAUGUUCUAAAACAAAUAAAUUAACAUUUACAAAACAAAUUCUUACACCUAUUGUCACAGUUAAAGAUAAAACGAUGACAUUACCUUCACCGAAUAGUACGAAAUCAAUACCUAGACCAAAACAAUUAUCAAUUAUUCGUCAACCUUCUUAUAAAUCUUUAUCAUUCGAUCCCGUAUCAUCAAUUUCAACACCUAAAUCAUUAUUUAUAUAUUCUUAUACAUCGUUAUCAAAUUAUCCUAUAAAAUCAAAUCAUGAAGAAGAAUGUCGUUAUUGUUCUACUAAAAGUUUAUUAUCAAUUAAUUUUGAUAAAAUAUCUCAACAUUCGCUUAAACUUUUUCAUGCUAUCGAUAUGUAUUUAUCAUCGAAUUCUUCUUUAAAUGAUCAUCAAUCUGAUUUAUUAUCGAUAUCAUCUGAACAACAUACAAUAUUAAACGAAACAAAACAAUUAAAUUUAUGUGAAAUUAACGAAAUUAUCUAUGCUAUACAUUCGACAAGUGAUAAUAAUGAUGAACGAGAUAAAACACUUGAUGCAUUGACAUCAUCUUUAUUAGAAAUUGCCGAAGAAAUACCUAUGAUUAUACCCGAUGAAGAAACUACUAUUGAGAAUCGACUUGAACCACCAGUACCUCCGGGAAUUGGUCAGAUUUUAGUUCGAGCCGUUAUUCAAAGUUUAUUUGGUGCACGAUUAGAUGAUGCACAAAAAUGGCUUAGUAUACAAAGUGACAGUAUUCAUUUAUUAAUCUGUCAUGGAUUUAAAUCGAAAGAAACAAAUAAUAUAACAAGUCCAACUAAAUCCUUGAAACAAAUUGAUAAUAAUCGAUCGAUAAUAACACACCAAUCUAGUUCACCAAUACCACCAAUUAGACAUAAUGGCGUAUCAUCACCUCAUAAUGCUCCACAUUCACCAAAAAUAAUUAGUCCAGUUUAUGCAAAUACAAUUAAUCAACAAAUAUCUCCUCAACCACCACCUGUUCCUGCUAAACCAAAAUAUCGUUCACCUGUUACACAAUUUGUACCAAUUAAUGGUGAUAAUAAUAAUAAUAUUAAUAAUAAUAACAAUAAUAAUAAUAAUCAUUCGACAAGAAGACAAUCACAAAAUGGUUUUGAAAUUGAUGAAUCGGAUUUAUCAGUAACUGAAUCAGAAAAAUCAUUUAAAGAUAAGAAGAAAUUUUUCGAAAGUGGAUUGCAAAGUUCUGGACCAAAACCUAAACCUCGACAAUUUAAAUAUAUUAAUGAGCAUGAAUUAUUACAUAUGAAAGAAGAAGAUGAACAAAAAAUUAAAAUAAUGAGUCCAACUGAAUUACUUCAAUCUAGAACACUAUAUGAUGGAGAUACUGAAUUAAUACAAACAACAUUAUCUCAAUAUCAAACACCAGCUUAUCUUGCUAAACCGGAAGAUGAUCAAACAGAAGAUGAUAUUAUUCAACAACGAAAUAUAACAUCGACUGCAAGAAUGAAUUCGCUCGAACGUGAUACUGCAUCUGCUCAUACUAUGCUUUCGAAAUUUGCUAUUGCGGAUUCCGGUAUGGCUUAA